CGUACGCCCGCCGCCGGUUCAAAUAUUCGUCCCGUCGUCCCGCGUACAACCACUUAAUCACCGUAAUCACACCAACAGUAGUUGUUUGUCGGUGUAAAAGUAUUCAAUUCAUUUAUUUUUUUUCCAAUUUCGAAUCACGUACCUGAGAUCGUUUAGUGCAAUCGUCAACAAUCGAUUUUAAAGUCAUCCGCAGUAUAUUGUCAACAUCACCACCAGUCAAUAACCAGUGAGUUCGGUCUCCGCGACGAGUAAUACAUUCCAAUUCCGUACCACGGAAACAUAUGCACAGAAGAUUGUGCAUACACGCAGCUCAAGACAGUAGAAAUGACAGACAGCAUGACGCGGAACUUCAAUAAUUAUCCUUCCACUACGAAACCAGAACAACACGUCUCCAAACAACAAAUGGCAGCGGUGGACGGUUACGAUAACCAAGGGAUGCUGAGAUCUGAGUUGGACAUCAACGGAAAACCCGUCAACGGAAACACUUGCAUCAACAUGGACAGUCUCAACAAGUGUGUCGUCAUCAAUACAAAAGGUGACACCGCCGCACAGCUGAAUGAGAAACAGAAUUACUACAACCCAUACCAACACCGCGACGUAAAACACCCCACAACAUAUUUUGACACCCUGAUACAUCUCCUAAAGGCUAGUCUGGGAACGGGAAUUCUAGCCAUGCCCAGUGCCUUCAAAAACGCCGGUUACGUGGUUGGUACGUUGGGUACAAUCAUCAUCGGAAUACUGUGUACAUACACAAUACAUCUGCUGAUCACCGCGUCGCACGAGCUGUGCAUCAAAAGGAAAGUGCCCAGUCUCACGUACCCGGGUACCGUGGCGGCGGCUUUCGAAGAGGGUCCUAAGUUCACUAGGAUAUUGGCUCCUUACGCCAGAAUGAUGACAAACAUGUUCCUAGUCCUGUACCAAAUCGGUUCCAGUUGUAUUUACGUGGUGUUUAUUGCUAGCAAUCUCAAAGCGGUCGGCGAUGCCUAUCUCGGCGGCAACACAGACGUGCGAAUGUAUAUGGUGUACCUGUUGAUCCCACUGAUAUUGAUCUCUUGGGUAAGGAAUCUUAAACUCCUGGCGCCGUUCUCCUCAAUUGCAACUUGCAUGACCAUCGUGAGUUUUACAUUGAUUUUCUACUACAUUUUCCGGGAAGCGCCGUCAUUCGUCGGCCGCGAACCAGUCGGUACCGUCAACAGUAUACCAUUGUUCUUCGGUACUGUACUUUUUGCCAUGGAAGCCAUCGGUAUGGUCUUGCCGCUCGAAAACGAAAUGAAGAACCCCAAGAAAUUUGGCAGUGUGUUUGGCGUGCUUAAUGCUUCCAUGUUGCCCAUCUCUGUUUUGUACACAGUUGUCGGAUUACUCGGCUAUCUGAAGUACGGCGAAAAUACCACCGGUAGCAUAACACUCGACAUGCCCCAGACCGAAGUGCUCUCUCAAGUCGUGAAACUCCUUCUGUCAAUUUCUAUUUACUUUACUUACGCUCUGUCCAACUACGUCGCAUUUGACAUCCUCUGGAAGGGCAUGGAACAAAAGAUGGAAAAGAAUGAGCACAGGAUCUGCUGGGAGUAUGCACUACGAACAUCCAUAGUGAUCAUCACAUUUUUCUUCGCCAUUGCCAUACCAAACUUGGAGCACUUAAUCUCGCUGAUCGGCGCGUUCUGUUUGUCUUCUGUGGGCAUCGCGUUACCAGCGAUCGUCAGUUUUUUGACAUUCUCCGACGUCUACAAGGACGAAGGAAACUUGCGGUUCGGUCUAUUCUGCCUACGCAACUUGCUGAUUAUCCUCAUCGCCAUAUUCGCGUUCGUAAUCGGCGUGUCUACAAGCGUGUCCGACAUCAUACAUCACAUGACGUGAUUUCCUCCGUUUCAAUCAGCAUUAAGUUCGUUUCUGUCACGGGUUUUAUGGUCAACCCACACCAAAAACGGACUAUACGACAACUGCAACAACAACAACAACAACAAAAACAACAACGACGACGGUGACCAUUGGUUGUCGUGCGUCGGGUAGUUAAAAGUUUUUUCCACCUCACUCACUCGCGAGUAACGACCAAUCAUUGUUUAUAUUAUUACAUCAAUAUUACGUGUUUGCUUCGGUAAACUCUUAAACCGUGUAACAAAUAAGACAACUCAAAUCCAAUAUUCUAUAUCACGUCAUUAAACUACAAUUGUUUGCGUUAUUGGUUUAGAAUUUGGAUGGAUAAUGCCCACUCAGUAUUUUUAUUGUCGUUUUAUAAUAAUCGUAUUUGGUUUUAUUAAUAUUGUAAACUCUUAUUAAUGGAAUCCGACGUUUAAAAUCAAAAUAAUAAUAAUAAUAUUACCAACGUAGGUGUUUAGGUUUCCAACCGGUCCGAGUACGGCGCGGGUCGGUUUUCAAAUUAUGUCAUACUAUCAUAUGUAUUUUAGUGUCAAUCAAAAUUAUAUUAUUUCACACGAAUAUGCGUGAAAUUCACAAUGCAUUUGGCAAAAAAAAUGGUUUAUAUUGACUUUAAAGUAACGCUCGGAACAAAUAACAAAUAUAAAGAAAAAUAUUCUUUGUAUUUUUUUUUUUUAAUAUAUAUAUAUACUUUUGAUGUUAAACAUUUAACUUACACUCUGUACAAUGUUAUAAGUUGAGUGCGAACAAAUUUUAUUUGAUUUCAAACUCAUGGCCAUUAUUUUUUAAAAUUAAAACCAAAUAACAGGACAUCAAACACAAAAGUUUCUUUUUUUUAAUCUUGUCUUUAUGAACCAAGCAUCCAUAACCUCAGCCGUUUUAACAUUCCUUCGCUGAAUACAUUUUUCAAUAAUAUUUUGUAUAUGUAACAUACGGUGUAGAUGAACCAUUUGGAAUUGUAUUGCUCAAUAAGUACUAUAUUUAUUUUACUAUUUCUACUAUUAUAAAUUGUAUCAAUAGACGUAAAUUGGUUAGUAAAAUAAAAAUAAUUGUUGUUGAGAUAGAUCUCUAGUUUAA